UCUGACAUUUGGAGGGACAAUUGCAACAACAAUUUGACAAUGGCUAUGUUUACGGUUACGAGGAUGCUAUGAAUUCAGACAGUUAUGAUUACGAUGGCAACGGCAUUGGCGAUUUGGAUGAUCACUACGAUAGCUACAAUUACAACUACAACUAUUGCAACUAUAAAAAAUAUAAUUACAAUAAUUAUAGCUACAAUUACAAUAACUACAACCAAUAUAAACAACAACAGCCACAGAAAGUGCAACCAAAACAACCACAAAGGCAACAGCCAACAAGCGCUAGUGGCACAUUAACACAACAAUUCGAACAAUGGCACCUUAGCGAUGACGCCAUAAUAGCUAAGGAACAGGAGAAAAUCAACAAGCAGCGUUUGAAACAACAAAAGAAGGAAAAGAAGAAAAAAAUUAAGCAACAACAACAACUCCAAACGCCAAUACAUUAUGCCCUGCAACAAGCACGACCCACAGCACAACAAAAUGACUAUGGGCGUUUGCUUUUCUAAAUUAAUACGCUUCAUAUAUUUUUUUAGAACUUUUGAUUUUGGCACAAAGUGAAAUCAUAUAUGUUUUAUGAUUUGUUGCUUAAAUUUGGAUUUCGAAACAUUUACACUUAUAUAUCAUAUAAAUUGCUUAAGUUAAUUUUUUCGCGCAAAUCACUUUUAUCAUCUAUUUUUGUUUUUUUUUUGUAUAUAUAUAUUAAAUCUGUGAGGCCAUAUAUAAUACAUUCUAGUAUUUUUAACCACAUGCUUAAACGCUAACAAUUCAACAAUUCACACAAAAGCUGAUAAGUUCAAAACUUAUAUUCUCUACUUAAGAACAGCCUGCACUGUCUUUUCGCAUAAAUAUUUUUUUUUUAUAUGCGUUGAUUAAUCUUUUUAAGUGAUACAUAUAUUUAUAUAGUGUAAAAACUGGUGUUUUAUGUACAGUUUCUAAAUUAGUUAAGACAUUUUAUUUUUAAGCGUGUGACUUGAAAUCUAAUGUUAAGUUGUAAAUAUUUAUCUAACGGUAAACAUUGCGGCGUUCAUUUAUGAUGACGACGUUUGUUUUAAUUUAAUUUAAUUUUUAUUUUUUUUUGAUUUUACAUAUUUUACGUGUAAAAUACACAUUUCUGUAUCUUUCAUUGGCUAUAGAUGCUUCGUUUAUUUUAAUUAAUGUUAAUACAAAUGUGCCACUUAUAAUUGUUUGCUCUAAUAUAUAGUAUGUUUAAGUUUACCGAAGUUUUUUAUGAGCAGCGUGCACAGUAUUACUAAAGCAAAUAUUCAAAUCUAAUAGUACAAGUAAAAAUAAAAGUAAAUAAAUGGCGUUAACGCAUAAAAUAAGCUAGAAAGCUGCUGUCAAAUCUUAAAAAUGCGUUUCGUAAAAUGAGAAUUGAAAAAUGCUAAAGCAAAUAAAAUUACGUGAACAAAAUUUUUCGUAAUAAAGAAUUGCCUAAAAGAAGCGUUCAAAAAAUUUGUAAAGAGAGAAAUGAAUGUGACAUAAAAGGUACAAAAAUUAGUAUGUUUUGUUUUAUUAGUUUAUUUUUUUAAAGGAAUAAAAAUUUAAUAGCAAUCUAAUAAUUUUUUCUAACUUAAUAAUAAAUAUAUAUAUUUAUUUCAACUUAAUAUUGAAUAUAUUUAUUUUUCGUUUAGUAAUCAUCUGUACAAUAGUGUUGUACUUUUGUUACCUUGACAAUUGGCGUUAAUACUUAUUACAUUAUUCUUUUUUUUUUAACAAAAUAACUGUAUCUUCCCAAAAAAAUUAUAUUAUUUUAGAUAUGAGCACAAUACUCAUUUGAUAGCCAACGCAAACAAUUCAACUGUAACCUUUAAAGCUUCAGAAGGCUACAAAUUUGUAAUGUGCUCUACUCUACAAUAAAUUAUUAGAAAUUAAAUAUAUGGCAACACGCUGUAGUCGGUGAAAAUUGAAGAUUUCCAACCGGCUGCUUAUGAAAAACAAAAUCCAUUAAAACCAAAAUAGUGAAGUCAGCGCUACUAUUUUACAAAAUAAAUUAUGAGAAAUUCUGCGUACAAAAAUAUUAUUGUAUAAUGAAAAGAAAAAAAAAAACUAUUCACGCAAAUGAGGUAAAAGCAUGGCUCAUUGAACCUUUAAAGAAAAGGAAAUGCAGCAAACAAGAAAUACUUUGAAAAAGUUGUAAAAUUCUUACAAACAAAUAUUGGAAGGAAAAAGUAGAAAACUACAUGAAAUUCCAUUAUAAAAUUUAAUGUGUACAAAAAAAGAAAAAAAAGUAUAACUAUUUAGUAUUUCGCGCAUAUUUGCAAUGUACGCAAAGCUUUUUUCGAACAACUACUAAGAAACGUAACGCGCGUUUUGCCAUCCCUUAGUUGCAUUAAGAAAACUUAAAACGAAAUGAAAUAACAAAAUAAAUAUUUAAUUAAUUUUUGUGUAAAAGAAUAAUUUUGACUCUUCUUAGGGCUCAUGAAGACUCAAAAUUAUUUCUUUUGUUAAUUUAAAAACACGCACACCCAUUUUUUUUAAUAGUAACGGCAAUUUUGUUUAGCAAAAUGUCAUAUGUAUACAUACAUAUAUUUUCCAAUUAAAUGCAUUAAAUAUUUUGAAUAAUAGACAUACAUAUAUUAACGAAAAUUGCUAUUUCACAAUUAACUGUUCAUUAAAAAAAUAAACAAAAAACAGGUAAAAUGGCGUUACAUGUGCUUUGAGGUUAGUAAAUAGCGGCGCGACAAUUGCAUAGACGCGUAAUAAAGUAACAAAAAUAAAAAAAUUAAAAAAGUACCGUUAAAGUCAGCAGUCAAAUGAGAAAUUGUGAAAAUUAUCAUUUGACUUUUAGGCUUUGCUUAAGUGUUUAUUCAGAAUAAAUAUAAAAAACUCAUACUUCUAUUAAUAAGUAAAUGUUGAAAAACAUGUAUGUAAGUGGUAAAAUAUGCAGCUACUAUAUUAACAUAACAUUACUAUUGUAUACCUACUUAUUGUAAAAUUACAAAAAACAAUUCUGGAAAAAGUACAUGGGUAUCUAACUAAAUGUAUGUAUUGAAAUAUUGCAAAGAACCAGCCAGAGUAAUUAUUUAAAACAAAAACAAAACAGAAAUUGUAUUCAGAAAACUAAAAAAAUAAAUUAAAUUAAAACUCAUAAUAAUGUAUUGUAUGUGCAUGAGCAUUGUAAAACGUUUAUUUCAUAUGAACUUUUCUAACUUUUGUUUUGAGGUAAAUUAAAAAAAAAAUCAAAACAAUUUAUUAUGCUACUAAAUAAUAAUUCUGAUUAUUACUUAAAAUUACUGUGUUUAUUAUUAUUAUUAUUGUUGUAUUUAAGUAAAUAUAAAAAAUAUAUGCAUAAAACGUGUCUAAAAUAAUAAAGAAAUAUUUAAAUAUGUAAUAAAAAUGUGCAUGAAUUUAACAUAGAUGUGGCAACAUUUUGAAUCCGGGCACAAUAACGGCCAAGAAAUAGAGUGCGAGUAACUGGCAUGUAAUAAUAAAUGCAAUUAAGCAAAUAAAAACUAAUAUAAAAAUGAGGUUGUGCAACAUAGCAACAAAUGCAGCAUAUUUAAGCAAGAAAUUUAAACAAAAAUAUAUUGUAAUGUGUUACUAAUAUAAAACAGGCUUAUACAAGAUAGAUGGAUACUACAUGCUCCGAAAAAAACAACAACACUGUUUUAAUGAAUACCGGUCUCCGCAAGGCAAUAGAACAGCAGAAUUGUCACUGAAAUAAUUACAUAUGGUAUAUGGUGUGAUUUGAGGGGAUAGCAGGCCUAGCAAUGAAAAAACAGGUGCUGUAAAAAUACAUACAACACGUAAAGUCCCAAUUAACUUUCACCGGCGGUUUACGAGAAUUCGAUAUUUCGCAAAGUAUUAUAAAUGUCACAUUUUCAACGUAUUACUUUGGAAAGGGUUAAUAAAUAAACCCAAAAUCGUAGCACAGACCAGUUCAUCACCACAUUCAGGUAUAAAAUACAAAUACACACAAAUUGUCAAAAGUAAAUUAAUUUUUGUUUGCCUUAUUAUUAAAUGUUAUUAAUAUUCACAAUAUCAUAUUUUUAAUGUUGAUCUAUAAUGGAAAUUCUAAUAUUUGUUAUACAAUACAAGUAUUUUUUGUUGUUGAUUCAAAUAUUUGCGUGGACAAACUUUUUACGCACUACUUUUAACUAUUGAUUAGUAUAAUUAUUACUAUUAACAAUUGUUACAUAAUUCUUAUUGAAAUGUUUAUACAAUUAUUUAUGUGAAUUUUUUAAUAUGUAAAAUUUAAAAGAAAAAACCUGAACAGUUAGUAAAAUAUCAGGAAGGUGAAAUAUAACUGCUGAUGAAUAAAACUAAAGAUCCGCUACAAGUGCUUGAGAUAUAUUAAUGUACAGCUAUUUAUUGGUAUAUAUGUACAUAUGUAUAUCUUCGGCAAGAAGAGACGACAUUCCAGUUUAUUGAGGAAACCCGCGGAAUUAAAUGUUUUUAAUAAGUGUGUAAACUGUAUUAGUUACAAUAAUGGCAUCUUCUUAAUUGAAAUAUGGAAACACAAAAAUAAAUAUUUCAAAUGGUGGAAAUGCCAUUAAACUAUAAUACGUGCAUUGAAGCAAAAUGCAAAUAAUAAAAAUUUAAUAAAAUCUAAUGAACAAAAACAAAA